CGUGCUAUACUUCGACGUCGACAAGCGAAAUUACAAACUACAUUCGAUACAACGAAUGCUGACGAUAAUGAAGAGGAACAUAUAGCUUACGACAAUAAAAAACGUUCCGAAUCUUUAAGAGGUCCUCGAACGUUACCAUUAUUCAAUGGUAUAUGUUGCCGUUCCAUCGGUGUGCAAUGCAGUCCUUCGACCGUUGAUCAAACAACAAUAACAUCAACAAAAGUAUCGGUUAUGACCGAUGAUGAACUCACAUCGGAUCGUACGAUAAGAAUUUUAACACCAUCAAGUCGA